UCUUCUACAUGGCCAUGGCGUCUGGAGAGCAGAAGCAGCAGCUGGCAGCAGCCUUCAAGGUCUUUGUCCAAUACGCUGGUGCAUCUGCAGGCAACCUGUCCAAGGAGGACUGUGCCAAGGUCUCGCCUGUGCUGGAGGAGAUGUAUGAUGAAAUCAACACCAACAAGUCGGACACCAUCACCAAGCGCGAGUGGCUCGAGUACUGGACCAACUACCCCGAGUUUGAGAAGAACGAUAUCGUCACGCCCAUCGUCUCGCUGGCAAAGUCUUGCAAGGAAGAACUGCUGCGCAACGAGCGCGAGACGUACCGCCAGAAGGAGGACGAUCCGUGCUACUUUCCUGGUCUCGAGUAGUUCACAUCGCUACGUCACGUUGGCGUUGAGCUCUUUGUGGUCUUACUCGCCAUGACGGAGCUCGGGCUGAGACAGCGCGGGAGACCGCAAUUGCCUUGGCUGGUGGAAGGAGAUACUCAGGCCUCGACGGGUGCUGCUAUGGGAUUGAACUUGUAGAGCGCAUCAAAGACACGAAAGGUGA